AUGGUGGAAUCUUUUUUUAACUUCACUGACGAACUUCUAGAAAGUAAUUGUUUCUAUUGUACAAUAUGCAAAGACAUACUAAAGCCACCAAUAAUGCUUAUAGAAAAUAUCGGAAACAUUUGUGCGAAUUGUUUUGACGAAAAGCAAGAAGUAAUGAAUUGGAACAGCAUGAAGAAUGUGGCAUUGGAAAAUAUUUUAAAACUGUUAAAAUUACCCUGCAAAUACAAGAUAAAGGGGUGUACAGAAAGGUUUUCCUAUGAAGAUCUAGUUUACCACCAAAACAACUGCAAGUUCCGUACAAAAAUAUGUUCCAUGUUCAAAUUUUCCGGUUGCGAAUGGGAGGGGAACACGAUCGACUUCGUCGAUCAUUUCAAAGAAUCUCACGGAGAUCACGUGAUCAACUUCGAGAACAAUUUGUUCUUUUUAGAAACGUCGCUGAACGACGCCAACCUAGUGAAACUAUUGGUGACGAAACAGAAUGUUUUUAUGCUAAGAAUGCAGACAAAUUUGGAAAAGAAGAAAUUAUUUUACAUGAUUUGUAGCAUAAAUGACGAUUACAAUUCUUUUUGCGAAUUUUCUGUGAAACACAAGGGCGGCAGUGAGAAUUACAUUAAAACGAAAUCAAAAAUUUUGUCUUCGUACUACAAUUACAAGGAUUUCGAUGAAAAUAUUGCCGUGGAAAUUGAUUUGGAUGCGCUUAAACACAUUUCCCAUAUAUCUGAAACUAUUACGAAUAUAUUUAAGAUUAAAUUGGAUGAAUCUCCCGCUGAUUGUAUAGACGAUAAGAUAUUGCAUUUCUUCGAAUGUCCUGUUUGUAAGAAUUUUAUGAAACCGCCUAUUUAUCAGUGCAAUUCCGGGCAUAGUAUUUGCAAUUUGUGUAGACCAAGGCUAGAAAAGUGUCCUACUUGUCGAUCGAUGUUUGGGAAUACCAGGAAUUAUUCGUUGGAAGGUUUAACGGCAGGUGUGCAAUAUCCAUGUAUCUACCACGAUUCUGGUUGUAAUGAAAUCGGUUCCUCGAAUUAUAUGGUGAAACACGAAAGUGAAUGUCUGUUUAAACCGUACAAUUGUCCAUUUCCCAGCUGUACUUCGACUGGAAACCACGAAGCUGUUAUACAUCACUUGAUAAAUUUCCAUUUCGAUUCUUGCAUAUACUCGGGCAAUUCUGGCUACACGGACUCUUUCCGUUUAGAUCAAAACAACUGCUACAAUAAAAUCUUCGACAGAAAAUGCAUUAUUGCCUACAAUCACAUAUUCAGGUUGACGUGUAAGAGGGUAGCAGAGCAUUGUCUGAUGGCUGCUGAGAUAGUUGGCACCAAGAAUGAUUCUAAAACGUUUAUAUACGAAGUAUCCAUAAUUGAUAUGAGAAGACCCGAGAAGAAACUGAUAAGGACUGAUUAUUGCUUAAAUGAAAUGGCCGAAGACGAGUUGUUCAAGAAGUGUAUUAUGUUUCCGAAUAGCGUUUUAUCUGCCUAUUCGAAUCAUGGGAUGAUUACAUUUAAUAUUACAAUUAGAGAAAAAUAG